GCUAUGUUGUGGUAUGACUGACAACAAACCGAGUGGUGCAGGUGUUUGUAUACACUGUGAACAAACGCCGGUUUGGAAUACAUCGACUAUAAUUUUAGAACUGUUCGGGCGAUCUUAAGAACACAGCUCUUUUCGUGGACUGGUGUUCCCAUCGUCUUGAGUCUAUUUAUUUCCAAGGCUUGGUAGUUAUGUGGAGCGAACGUUCAUUUCACCAGUAGAAUGUUAGUGGCUUCGUGGAUCGUGUUCAGCAGUUGUUUCUUAACAUGUGUGACCGCGUAUCCGUACCUGAUUUUCGCCACUUCCAAAGAGAUUCGGAUUGCCAAUGUCUCCAAACCGACGAAGAUUUCUACAAUCGUCAGGGGGCUUGUUGCUGCAGGAGCAGUGGACUUCCUAUACGAUGAAGGACUGUUGUGUUGGACAGACAAUGGACUGGAGAUGAUACAAUGCGUUUCCUAUGACGGGAAGGUUCCUGGAGCCAAGAUCGAUGUUCUUACAACUGGAUUAAGUUCUCCAGAUGGCCUAGCAUGUGAUUGGUUCACCAAAAAAAUCUAUUGGACUGAUGCAGAAACAAACAGAAUUGAAGUUGUAUCUAUUAGUGGUGAACACAGGAAGGUACUGUUCUGGGAAGAUAUAGACCAGCCCCGAGCAAUAGCACUUGAUCCAAUGAGAGGCCUUAUGUUUUGGACUGACUGGGGUGAGAUUCCAAAAAUUGAACGCGCUGGAAUGAAUGGUGACAACUUGACGCGCAAGGUCCUUGUGAUAGAGGACAUAAUGUGGCCUAAUGGCCUCACUUUAGAUUUCAACAAUUCCAAAGUCUAUUGGCUGGAUGCUAAGCUGCUAUUUCUUGCUUCAGUUGAUUAUGAAGGGAACAACAGACACAAGUUUGCUAGUCAAGAUUUAAAAUGUCCAUUUGCUGUUUCUUUUUUCCAUAACAAGCUGUACUUCACUGACUGGGAAACAUGGGGCAUACAUUCUUACAAUCUGGAAGAAGGUGGGAAGCCAAAGGAAAUAGCUCACAACAAGGACAUAAUGCCCCUCGAUAUUCGUGUGUGGGAUAAGAGCCGUCAGCCUAAAGGUUAUUCACCAUGUCAAACAAAUAAUGGUGGUUGCUCUCAUUUAUGUCUUCUGUCACCCAGACCUCCAGGCUUCACUUGUGCUUGCCCCACUGGAGUAAAGCUGCUGGAUAACCGUACCUGUGCCAACGGGCCUCAAGAGCUGUUAAUUCUCGUACAAAGAACAGAUAUUUCUAAAAUAUCACUUGAUUCUCCUGAUUAUACAAAUUUUAUUCUACCUCUUAAAAAUGUGAGGCAUGCUAUUGCAAUAGAUUUUGAUCCAGUUGAAAAUUUUAUCUAUUGGACAGAUGAUGAUGCCAAGGCAAUAAGACGAGCUCAUCUGAAUGGAACAGGUCAGGAAGAUCUAAUCGUGACAGAGGUGGGCCAUCCUGAUGGAAUUGCCGUUGACUGGGUGGCACGUAAUAUGUACUGGACAGAUACAGGGAUGGACCGUAUUGAAGUGGCACGUCUGAAUGGUGAAUUAAGAAUUGUUUUAAUAACAGAAGAUCUAGGUGAACCGAGAGCGAUUGCUGUGGCACCAGAGAAGGGGUGGAUGUUUUGGUCUGACUGGGACAGUGAAGCACCCAAAAUCGAACGAGCAUCUUUAGAUGGCUCAGAUCGAACCAUGCUCAUUUCUAAGGAUCUAGGCUGGCCAAAUGGAAUAACUCUUGAUCUUGCAUACGAUAAGAUAUAUUGGUGUGAUGCUAAGAAAGAUAGACUUGAGGUGGCAAAUAUGGAUGGAAGUGAUAGGCGAGAGAUUAUUAGUGACAACUUGCCACAUCCAUUUGGCUUGAGUCUUCUUGGAGAUUAUCUUUAUUGGACCGAUUGGCAGCGAAGGUCAAUUGAGCGGGUGAACAAAAUAACCGGAAAUGAACGCAAACUGAUUGCAGAUCAGUUACCAAAUGUUAUGGGCCUAAAAGUUAUACGCCUUGGUGAAGUGAAGGGAACAAACCCAUGUGCAAAAAAUAAUGGUGGUUGUGAUCAGCUGUGCCUUAACAGACCAGGAAAUGACUAUAUUUGUGCAUGUAAAAUGGGUUAUGAACUGGCUACAGACAACAGGACAUGCGUUAUUCCAGAAGCCUUCUUAUUGUUUGUUCGUAAAGAAAAUAUAGGAAGAAUAAGCAUUGAGAACAACAAUAAUGUGGUAAACAUACCAGUUACUGGCAUUAAGGAUGCAAGUGCCUUGGAUUUUGACAUAAAUGAUAACCGUAUCUAUUGGACAGAUGUCAAAGCAAAAACAAUCACCAGGUCAUUCAUGAAUGGAUCAAAUGUAGAAAAAAUUGUGGAGUUUGGAUUGGACUCUCCCGAAGGCAUGGCUGUUGACUGGGUUGCACACAAUCUCUAUUGGAGUGAUACAGGCAGCAAGAGGAUAGAAGUCGCAAGGCUUGAUGGCCGGUCCCGUAAAGUAUUGUUAUGGGAAGGCUUGGGUGAACCUCGGAGCCUUGCACUGAAUCCACGUGAUGGGUAUAUGUAUUGGUGUGACUGGGUUACUUUUGGUGUAAUUGAAAGAGCAGCAUUAGAUGGGUCAAAACGUACUGUUCUGAUAUCAGAAGUUGGUGACGUGAAAGGUCUUACUAUUGAUUAUGUUCAACGCCGUAUUUACUGGACUCAGCUUAAUCCAUCAUCUAUUGAAAGCACAGACUUAGAAGGUCAGAACAGAAUCCAAGUUGUUGGAAAAGAUAUUGAACACCCCAAAGGAAUAACACAGUAUCAGGACUAUAUCUAUUGGACAGACCUGAAAACAUUACACAUUGAGCGAGCCAAUAAGACAAAUGGCCAGAAUCGGUCUGUAGUACAAGAACGUCUGGGAGAUGUCACUGAUAUGUCCAUAUUCCAUACAUCAAGACAGUGGGGUUGGAAUCAGUGUGAGAUAAACAAUGGUGGAUGCUCUCAUUUAUGUCUUGCUGUUCCAGCUUUUACACCUAGCAUGGGCCAAGCAACAACUCUACAUUGUGCUUGCCCCACACAUUAUGUCCUUAAUGCAGACAACAAGACAUGCUCUGCACCACAAUCAUUCCUGCUGUAUAGUCAGAAGAAUACUUUGAGUCGUCUGAUACCAAAUACAACUGACUGCCCAUCUUUGGUUUUACCCAUUCAGAACCUGAAAAGUGUACGGGCUGUUGAAUUUGAUCCAAAAACACAGUUCUUAUAUUGGGUUGAUGGACGAACACAGUCAGUGAAACGAGCUUUUGACAACGGUACACAUGCAUCCGUGUUUGUGAGUGCGAGCAGCGAACGUCACCCUUAUGACUUAGCAGUGGACCCCUAUCGCAGAUUGCUCUACUGGUCAUGUGCUAUGGCUGAUGUUAUAAAUGUUACACGGCUUGAUAAUGCUUCGAAAGUGGGCUUUGUCAUCAAAGGAAAGGGUGAAAAGCCACGAAGUAUUGCACUGCAUCCAGAGAAAGGUUUCCUGUUUUGGACUGAUGUUGGGGCUGAGCCAAGUGUUAGACGAUCCCGUGUUGAUGGUGAAAAGAAAACUAUAAUUGCAUCAGAUGUGAAGAAUCCAAUGGCAUUGGCUGUUGAUAGGUUGGAUGACCUGGUGUUUUGGGCUUCUUCUAAGGGAAUAGAGAGAGCUACGUUGGAUGGGAGAGAAAGAAGGAUGGUAUUGGCAGAAGUAGUAGUUAAAGAGCAUCUUGCUGUUUGGGGAGACUACUUAUACUGGGUUGAUGGUGAUCAACAACAAGUAGAACGAGCAGAUAAACUCACAGGCAAACAUCAGGAAGCUGUUGUUAGAGCAUCUCAUCUCACUGAACUUGUUGCUGUGCUUCCAUUUGAUGAAAAGUUAUAUGUGGAAAGAACAUGUGAGGGAUGCUCACAUAUAUGCCUACAGUUGCAAGGGGCAGUUGGUAGUGAUGGUCCUGCCUGUGGUUGCCCAGCUGGUUUAGGGCUGCAGGAUGAUGAACGAACAUGCAUUCCACCACCUGCAUGUGGGCAAGAUCAUUUUACAUGUGCCACAGGGAGCAUUUCAUUAAAGGACUGUCUGCCUGCAUCUUGGCGCUGUGAUGGUCACAAGGAUUGUGCUGACGGCAGUGAUGAAGAGGAUUGUCCUGCUUGUCCACCAGAUCAAUUUAAAUGCCAGAGUGGACGAUGCAUUGAGAAGGCGUGGGUAUGUGAUGGUACCCCACAGUGUCCAGAUGGUUUUGACGAAUCACAUUGUUGCAAGUCGAGAGAUGAAUUUCUGUGUAUUGAUACGGGAAUAUGCAUCUCAAACACAAUGAAAUGUGAUGGUAUAAAAAACUGUAAUGAUGGCAGUGAUGAAGCCCAUGCUCUUUGUAUAUUGGGAUCUUCAAAAGGGGACCCAGCAUUGGCAGAAAAAUCACACAAAAGUGCAUUAGCUGUUGGUGUCAUCAUUGCUGUAGCUGCACUGAUAACAAUUGGUCUUUUCUUGUAUUACUGCCGAAAACGCUUAAUGGGUUCCAACAAUAUAGCUCUAGAUGAUGAACUAGAUGACUCUGCAGGUGAUCCGUUAUCACCUAAGCCUUUAAGAGGUGUUCCCAAACCUAUUUGUACUGUGACCACACUGCAGAAGAAUGGACAUCGUUUAGUUAAAGGACCCACAAAACCAGGGAUUGAUGGUGUGCACAUGUCAAUGCUGAAUGGCAGUACAACUACUACAAAUAGCUAUGAUAGGAAUCACAUUACUGGAGCUUCCAGCUCCACAACUGAAGGUGGUGGACCUGUAGUUGCUCCAAUGUUAAUGUCAUCUUCAUCUCUGCUUUGUUAUCCUCGUGAAACACUGAAUCCACCUCCUAGUCCUGCAACCACAGCUGAUUCUACAAGAAGACUUCACCAUAGUUACAAUGAGGAUUAUUGUUGUUCUUCUUCUGGUGCUUCUAGAUAUAGACCCUAUAGGCAUUACCGGGCUAUUAACCAGCCACCUCCUCCAACACCGUGUAGCACAGAUGUAUGUGAUGAAUCAGAUUCAAAUUAUCCACUGCGUGGUGGCAGGUAUUAUGCUCCUCCUGCCUCUGAGUAUGACUCAGAUCCAUUUCCUCCACCUCCCACACCAAGAUCUCACUAUCAUAGUGAAGGCGGAAUACCAACUUCGUGUCCCCCAUCACCAUCGUCUACUGCAGGGAGAUCGUCCACGUACUUCAAUCCCCUUCCACCUCCACCUUCACCAGUGCCAUCUCCUGGUAGCCGCUGUGAUUGCUGAUAGUGAAUCAGUGUGUGGAUUGGAGGCAUCAUUGUUUUCAGACUCGUAACAUUGAACAUCUGAACAGUACAGCAGCUGCAACAUGAUGUGAUCAGUUUGAGUAAGAGGAUUAUUUCUGGUGCUAAGAAUGAAAACAGAAGUGUUUCAAAAGAAUGUAAGUGAAAAAAAAAACAAUUCUGUAAUCUAAUUUUUGUUUUAUGAUAUAAUAUUGAUCAGAAAGACAGUUAGUGAGAGUUUUCUGUUGAAUAGAAAUUAAGCAUAUAUAAUGAAUGAGUUUUUAUUAAAAUCAUGAUAGCAUAUGUACUGAAACAAUUUUUUAUGUUUAGCUAUUGUUGGAGGAAGAAGUUCCGCAGAAUGUUUGCUAUAUCCUAUGCAGCCAUAUCCUUUGUACAUUAACGUUAAUGCCAUAUACGUAUAAACAUAUAUAUGAAAAUUAUUUUUGUUACAUGUGGAGUAUUAAUCUUUAAUAACUGUUAAAAUAAAAUUUUAUAUGACAUUAAUGUUGUGUCACUUGCAUGCAAUGUUUCAGCAUGUUGUGAUGACUGCAUUGUAUUAGACUGAUAAUAUUAGUUAACACAGCAGACUUUUUUUUAUUGAGACUUUGUUUUUUCUUGUAUAUUAUAAAUAUGAAAUAUUAACUGCGCCUUCUGGUAGUUGCUGACAUUGUAAAUAGGGAAAAUAUUUUUUGUAUUAGAUCUGAAAUGUGAAAAUAUAAUUAACUUAUACGUUACAACUAUUGACCUGCCUCACCCUGGCUUCACACAGGUAUCUAAAAGUGGACGACUUGUCUGGAAAAACAGAAAUAAAUUAUAUACACAAACCUUCCUCAUAAAUAAGUCUACCUAUUAGAGAAAACCAUAUCAAAAUAUCUACCAUAGUUCCUGGGAUAAACUUUCACCUACAGGCAGAAAAAUGUGGCAAGCGAUGUUAAUUUGUAGUACGUGUAGACAUUAAUCUUCUGGUACAUUAUUAAUUGAUGAGAGCUUUAUAUUCAAAUUUUACACAUUAAUUUAAUGUCAGCAAAUACAAGAUCUUCCCUAAAUUUGAAAAUGAUCCUUCACUUUGAAAAGUAUACUAAAACUGAUUUCAUUUAAAAACUAGUACGUUUUUAAUAAUCAAUAAAUCAUCUGUAAUGUUAUGUGCCAUUUCAAACUCUAAAUAUGUUUUGUUUCUCUAAGGAGCAUAAUUUGACAUUUCUAGUGUAUGUGCUUCUGUGAAGCUAGACAGUCACUGAAAAUACGUGUAAUAACAUAGCCUAGCGAUUUGAAACAAUUGAUGUGAAUUUUAUGUCAAAAUAAUUUAUGAUGUUCAUGGCUUACAAACUACAUGUAUCAAAAAUUGUAUUUCUAUCGAGUUUCAGUUAGUUCAUACUUCGUCUUGUUGGAAAUUUAGCUUUUCUGUAUAUUUAUAUAUAAUUAUGUUGAUAAUAAGUAUUUUUAUAAAAUGAUGUACAUUUGUUUAUUUAGAGUGUUUUUUAAAAUGUGUGAUUUAUGUACAUGUGUAUAUUAUAUGAGGCUAAUUUUCCAAGAAAUGGGCUGUAUUGGCUUAUUUGUUGUCAAAUUUCCCAUUUUAUAAACAGAAUGGUGUGUUGCUCAACAUUUUUGUACUUAACAGUUUCUAUAUAAUGAUUGUUCGUUUCAGUUGUGUAAUUGUCCUUCAGUGAGAGAAUUUUUAUAAUACAUUAGGCUUAUGCUUGUAACUUGCUUUGCUACCGUUUACUUUGAUGAGCAGCAUGAUAGUCUAAUAUGUUUCAUUAAUGGAAAAAAAUUUCUUACCUGUUAUGCUCAACACACUAUCGGUAGUGAAGCAUAUUUGUGCAGUGUCAUAAUAUUGCCUUAUGUUAUUUGUGUAAACAAAAACAUUCAAUCGCACAAACUGUUUGAUUUGGGGGCAGCUAGAGAAAUACUUCAGAGGUGUUUACUUCCUUAACUGUGUUAAUAUGAUAGUCUUAUUCAGAACAGCUUGUAACAUUUAUGUUGAUUUGAAUGUAAUCUAACGUGUAAAUUUAAUUUUAACUUUGUGAGCUGCUUUGAUCAAAUCUUUGAGAAAUGGGUUGAUAUGUGGCACAUUCAUAUCAGUCCUGUCCUUUCAAAAUAUUGGUCAAAGCAUUAUGAAUUUCUUUUAUUAAAUGGAAAAAAUUAUGGGCAUUCAAUUAAUAACCAGUUUCUGUUUCUCCAGAGCUUUUGUGCGUUUUUGUACCCUUGCACACAGAAUUCACUUCUGAUUUAAUUUGAGAAUAAUUUAUGAAACAGUUUAAUUUGUAUAAUGUUAACCUGAUCAGAAAUGGACUUAGACUAAGCAAACUUUGCACUUACACAUACAGGAACAAGUGAGCUUCUUUAUUCCCACAUCGGCAUUUAUGUUAAAAAGUACACUCAUUAACUUUCUCCUCAUUUAUUUAUUAAAGUUUCUUUUCACUACUUUCCAUUUUCAUUACUUUGCAUGUCAUGUCUCUAUAUUCAGUAUUUCACCUUUAUUAUAAUGGCGUGUUGUAAAUGUGUAUAUAUGUUUUUAAUAUUGCCUUUUACACUUAUGACUUGAACAUGCAAGAACUACCAACUCAGUUUUUGCAUCUUCUCUGUAGUUGUCAGUUGAUACAGUCUAUUUUAUUUUGCAACACAUCAUUUAAAACUGAUACCAAUUUAGAUUCAGUGGUAUGAGGCUUAUCUCUUAAAUUACAGUAACAAACAUUUUAUUAAAAAUAAUUAUUUCCAGUAUUCAUUUAGUCAAAUUGUCGCAGAUAUCAGACUUCCAAUUGAAUUGCAGACAUAUUCAAUUGUUCGUGUAAUUUGGUUAAUUUUUGAAAUGCAAAUUAUAGGAUGGCAUUCCUAUUAUUUGAAGGUAUUGUAAACAAAGUAAUGGCUAUAAUUAUUUAGACAGGAGACACACAUACAAUAUUUGGUAAAUGUUAAACAUUAUUCUAAAAGGGUGCCUUAAAUAAGUGUUAAAAUAAACUGUAAACUAGGAACAAUUUUUUGAAAUGGCAUUUGCCAUUUAUAAUUUUAAUAACAUGUUGUGCAACAAUAACAUAUCCUAUUUUUGUAAUCAUAUUGCAUGGUGCAAAGACAUUGUAGUAAUUUGUUUUGGAGGCUGAAGAAAUCUGUUGGAAGGCAUAUAAGCUGUGUCAUAAACUAAAUGUGUUUAUCUUUGUUAGCAGUGUACUUAAUUAUUCCAUUUUGCUUCAUCCUGUUGGAUUUUUAGGAAGUGUGACAUUCUGAAAUGUUCACCAAGGACACAUCUGUCACACUCUUCAUAGACAAAUUCAGUGACUGACAGAAUAUUUACUUGUCCCGUAUUCAGUAGCUGUAUUUCAGAGACUGAUAUAAAAGGUACCCUCUUUACAUCCACCGUCAGAUCCCGUUUACAAAUUCAAGUGUUGUAACCUUGGCUAUGAGAGAAAAAUAUUGAGUUAGAAUAUUAAGAUCUAACAGACUUUCCUUACUUUUAUUUCUUGUGAUUUCCUGUUUAAAGUGACUGAUUGUUCUUAAGACAAUAGAUAUGUAUAGGUCCAUUAUUUGAUAGCCACAGUUUACACAAUGACAAUACGUGCUAUGACAAUAUUAUGAAAAGGACAGAUUGCUACUCACAACAAAGCAGAGGUGUUGAGUCACAGAUACGAACAACAAAAAGACUGUCAAACAAAUUGGGUUUUGGCCAAAAAGGGCUUCUUCUGAAUAAGACAACAUGCACAUACAACUAACUCUCUCUCUCUCUCUCUCUCUCUCUCUCUCUCUCUGUGUGUGUGUGUGUGUGUGUGUGUGUGUGUGUGUGUGUGUGUGUGUGUGUGUGUGGUCUAAUUCCGAAGAAAGCAUUUUUGGCCCAAAGGUAACUUGUUUGACAGUCUUUGUGUUGUGCCUAUCUACAACUCAACAUCUCUGCUGAAUGGUGAGUUGCAAUCUAUCCUUCUCAUGAUAUUGCCAUUAUUCAUCCUGGAUUUUCCACAGUAUGUGCUAUGCUGUAUUUUGUCAGUACAUCUAAUACUUACAUAAAAUAUAUUAUAUUUAAGUAUCGAAUUUUGCCUGGUCAUUUCAUCUCAAAAGCACCUAAUUGCUGCACAUUUUAUUUUUUAAGUUAAAGAUGAGUACUUACUUGGUAAUAUGAAGGUACCUAUUGUCAUUAUGUAAAUCUGUGUAUGAUGGUAACUGUGUACACCCCUGUAUAUGUGCUUGGAAAAGUGCCUCUUUUUUCAGUGUGUGAUUUAUUAAAGUGCAAAACAUUACUCAGGACUUAUGUGUGUGUGUAUAUAUACAGAAUCAUGUGCAUUGAGCUUGUACAUUAGUUGCAUAGUCAAAUGUUCCUGAAAAUAGCAUUUAAAUGUUGAUAUUUUUGUUUUUAAAUUACUGUGCCAUAAAAGUGAAGCUUAAGACAUGGUUCUAUUCAUUGUUGUUGUAAUUCUUGUACAAAGGUCAAAGAUAUAAGAAAAUGUAAAUAAGUGUACAUUGUGUUUGUAGAAUAUAUUCUUGCUGCCGCAAUUGCUAACUGCAAUAAAUUCUCAAAAGAAUUUGUA